AUGGCCUUCUUAAGCAGUGAUAAUAAAGACAUAGCCCAACCAAUGGAACUUUCUCUCUUUGCUUCACCCACUAAUCAAGUUGCAGUGGAGAAGGUAUACUUUACAGAAGCCAGGCCAAUUUCCAGUAUAGGAGUGUCUGACACUCCCAUAGAAAUAGUCGUAUCAGGAUCAGGAGCUGAAUACAUCGAUUUAAAGAGAAGUCGAUUAUAUGUAAAAGCCAGAAUUUUAAAAGCUGAUGGUACCGCAUUAGCAGCCAAUGAAAAGACUGGGAUCGUUAAUUUACCGUUACAAAGCAUGUUUUCUCAAAUGGAUGUCUACUUAAACAACAAGUUGGUUUCCUUUAAUACAAACAAUUAUCCAUGGAAGGCUUACCUGAAAACAGUCUUGUUUGGCGGAAAAGAAGAAUUAUCUUCCCAGAAGCAGUCCCAGUUGUUUUUUAAGGACGAAGGAAAUUUGGGUGACGCUAACGCUUACAACGGUGGUAAUGCUGGACUAGUCUUGCGCUAUGGCUAUACACAAGAAAGUAAAGUAUUUGAACUGGAGGGUAACCUAAUGGAGGAUAUUUUUGACAUCGAUAAAUACCUGAUCAACGGCGUGGACAUCUUUAUCAAGCUCUUUAGAUCUAGUGCACCUUUUCUAAUAAUGUCGGCACAGGGGAGUCCGGCUUACAAACUCGAAUUACUAGAUGUCGUGUACAAAGUGGCCAAAGUGCGAGUAGAUCCUGGUGUUCUAUUGAACCACAGCAAGCAGAUAGAAUCUACUCCUGUGAAAUACACCAUCUCAAGAAAUGAAUUGAAAAUGAACACCAUUCCUAAAGGAUCUACAGAAUUUUACUGGGACAACAUUUUCCCACAGGCUAUACCCGAUCGUAUCGUUGUGGGUUUGGUAGAUCAGAAGGCUGUUAAUGGAGACUACACAACUAAUCCCUUUAAUUUCGAACACUUUGAUUUAACAGAUGUAGGGAUAUACGUAAACGGAGAAAGCGUCCCAGGAAGACCCUUAAAAACCGAUUUCACGGCAGGACAUUAUUCAUCAGCAUAUGCUCGACUGUUUGAGGCCUCUGGAAAAUGGAAUCAAGACGCUGGUCUGAUAAUAACUCGAGACAACUUUGGAAGUGGAUAUUCUUUGUUCAUCUUUACCAUAGAUCCCUGUGGUUUUGGUGAAGAAUAUUUAAACCUGAUUCGAAGAGGAAACACCAGACUCGAACUAAAGUUCAAACAAGCAACAACAAAAGCUGCUAACGUUUUGGUGUUUGCCACCUUUUCCUCUCUACUAGAAGUUGACAAGACCAGGGACAUCAAUUACAUUCAACCAUGA